UUCAGCUUAGCGCUCUAGGGGACUUUUUGCUGAGAUGGGAGCGGCUUGGCUGUCGGAGAAGCCAAUUCCUGUCAGACCACUAGAUGAUAAUAGGUUUAUUUUGGAAUUUGAGGAUGAGGAGAUUUAUAAGUUUGUGAUCAAUGGAGGUCCAUGGAGGCAUAAGGGGGAUGCACUGAUUGUGGUGCCAUAUGAUGGGUUAACUCGUCCAUCAGAGGUGGUAAUUGAUUCAAUAGAUCUGUGGCUGAGGUUCUAUGAUGUGCCCGUCUCCAUGAUGAUGGUUGCUUUCGCUGGUGUUCUAGCUAGGAAGGUCAGUAAUAAGGUUCUUUUUGUUGCUGGACCUGUCGAAGAUUUUUUAUGUGCCAAAGUGAACUAUCCACUUGAAGAGGCAUUGAAGCCAACUGUCGAGGUCAAGAUCAAGGGCACGGGUUCCAUGUUUUUUGAGGUUAUGUAUGAGAAUGUGCCGUUUUUCUGCUUCAGAUGUGGUAGAAUGGGACAUGGUAAGAAGUUUUGUCCUGAGGAGAAUGGUAUGCAAUAUGUGUUUAAAGGUGGGCAAAUGGUGGAAAAAUUUGGGGAGUGGAUGCACUGUUCGCCACAUAAAAAGGAGGUUGGGAAGAAGAUUCAGGUCCCUGCAGCGCCGCCAAGGGUGGUACGCACUCUCAAUUUCAGUGGUGAUCAGCUGUUGAAGGUACAAGCGGCCUCAAGCGCUACCCAUCAGGGGAGCAAGAGGAAAGAUCGGGACCAAGAGGAGGGUGCAGCGGCUUCUGUAGGAAAGGAUCAGAUUAAUACGCCACAUAAGCUGCCACAGAAUGUUAGCAAUGCUCUCGCUGAAAGUGUCCAAAAACUAGGCAUGGAUGAGUAUGGGAAGGAGGUUAUUGUACAGCAGGAGAAGGAUGGAAAAGAGAGGGUGUCAGGGCUGAACUCCUAUGCGGGUUCUAGUAAUAUUGACGUGAGUAAUGAAGGCGUAGGAAAGGGGUUGAUGGAUGAUAAAGGGCAGGCUGCCAAGGGUGGCAAGUUGAAGCAAAAACCAGUGAAAAAGCCUGUUCUCCAUGGCACGAGUCCAAUCAAGGAGAUUGGAAAGCAGAAGAAGGUCAAUAAAAAUUUGAAAGCUAGCAUCCUGAAUGCUUUUCCUGAUCUUAAGCAAGAUGGGCGCCUAGUGGAGAUGCAUGAUGGGGCUGGUGCUGGAGCAGUUGUGGAGAUGGACGGCAAGCGCAAGGAGGACGAGGUGGUGGCUCAGGCUGCAGGCGUGCCACACAUACCAGAUCCGACGGUGCAUAAUAACCUGACGGGCUCUCAGGAGGAGGCCCGUCAGGAGCAAUGAAUUGUUUAGUUUGGAACUGUAGGGGGCGGGGAACUCCCGGACAGUUCGUGAGCUUGAUGCCUCUGUGCAUCGUUAUAACCCCAAGUUAGUGUUUUUGUCAAAAACUAUGAUUAGUGAAAGUAGGGUUAAGAAUUUGAGGUAGAGGUUAGGUUUAAAAGGGUGUUUAGCAGUAGACAGUAAUGGUAAGCGUGGUGGUUUAGCGCUUUUUUGGGAUGAAAGCAUCCAGGUGAAUUUAUUAUCGAUUAAUGAUCGUUACAUCAAUGUGUCUAUCUGUGAUGAUCCUACUGCAGCUCCUUGGCGAGCAACCUUUUGUUUAUGGGGAACCUCGUGUGGAGGAUAGACAUAAGCUUUGGGAAAUUCUGCAGCAGCUUAAAACCCGCUGUUCGGAUCCAUGGGUAGUUAUUGGAGAUUUUAACGAAACUAUGUGGCAAUAUGAACAUUUUUCUGAAACUAAACUGGGGGAAAGACAAAUGGCGGAUUUUCGGGAUGUUUUGGAGGAUUGUGGGUUAAAGGAUUUGGGUUUCUCAGGACUCCUGUGGACCUACGAUAAUAGAAAAUCUGGUGAUCGCAAUGUUAAAGUUCGCCUUGAUCGAGGAGUGGCUACGCAGAGUUGGACUAAUCGCUUUUUUGAUGCAUCUGUUACUCAUCUCACAUCGCCUUGCUCGGACCAUUGCCCUCUUUUGCUGCUUGUUGUGCAGGAACAAGGGGGCGGCUCGGGCGAACGACAAGUCUACUAUGAGAUUAUGUGGGAGAGGGAUGCUUCUUUAGGGGAGCGCGUGCAGCAAGCAUGGAACAAUGAGGAGACAAGGGGCGACUUGGGAGCAGUAAGCUUAGCCCUGAAAGGAGUACUCCAGGCGCUGAAGAAUUGGAGCUCGAUCCAUUUCGGGUCUGUGCGCAAGGAGCUGGAAAGCCUCAGGACCCAGCUGGCGAACCAACAGGAAGCAGGGAGGAGAUGUUAUGGUUGCAAAGAUCAAGAGUUUCAUGGUUGAAAGAGGGUGAUCGAAACACAAAGUUUUUUCAUCAGAGGGCAGCAUGGAGGGCUAGGAAAAAUAAGAUACGAAAAUUGAAACAAUCGGAUGGCACUUGGACAUCAGACACAAGCUGUAUGGUAGGUAUGGUCAAUAAUUAUUUUGCUGAUCUAUACACAAAAGACCCUGCUGUGUUCCACAGGAGGUUACACAUUUGAUGGACCAAAGCAUCACGGAGGAUAUGAAUGAUGAAUUAUGAGGCUUUCUCUGAGGAGGAAAUCAGUAAUGCCCUUUUUCAGAUUGGACCACUGAAAGCACCAGGCCCUGAUGGGCUCCCUGCAAGGUUUUUUCAGUGAAGUUGGGGGCUACUUAAGGAGGAUAUUGUGCAUGCUGUUAGAGUAUUUUUUGAAGAUGGGGUAAUGCCGGAUGGAGUGAAUGAUGCAGCAAUCGUUCUAAUUCCAAAAGUCCAACACCCAGAAUCUCUAAAGGAUUAUCGGCCCAUCAGUCUAUGCAAUGUCCUUUAUAAAGUGGUAUCCAAGUGUCUGGUGAACCGGCUUAGACCACUUUUGGACGAUGUGAUCUCAGAGAAUCAGAGCGCUUUUAUCCCAGGAAGGCUCAUCACGGAUAAUGCACUGAUAGCUUUUGAAUGUAUUCAUGCCUUUCAGCAGGAUAACUCAGUAAACAGUAAGUUUUGUGCAGUUAAA